AUGGGGUCCCCAUACCUCUCGAGCCCUGUGGAGGUCUCACAAGCUCGCUGUGGCCCCGUCACCCCAAACUCUGCCCCCAAACACAUUCUUCCAAAGUGCGACUCUGAUCAGACGCGCUCAGUCUCUCUGACCCCCUGUCGCCCAUCGAGGUCAGCCGUCCCCCUGCGCGCAGCUCUGGGGUCAGCCUACGUCGCAGCAUCACCUCCUCCUGGCCCCUCAGUAAACCGGACCCUGGGCCAUCCUCAGACGCUGCCCCUCUAUCCUGUGGCCACCGGCAGCCGGCGCUUUGCAUCAUUUUUAAAAACCUCUAUUGGAGUGGAGCGGCUUGGCGACAUCCUGCAGUCCCUGCCCUGCAGCAAGCUGCGUCGGCCGUGCGCGUGUCCUCUCCCCCGGGUUCCUUCCCACUGCGGUCGCCACAGCGCUGGGGAGAGCCCCCUCCGCUACACAGCAGGCUCUCGCUGGCUGAUGUACACGCAGCAGAGACACCACUCAAUGCAGGGUUAG